UUUAGAAGCUAAGCUAACAGGCUAUUGCUCCGUGGAAAAGUUUGAAUAACAAUGGCGGGACAGAUUCCUGGAUACAUAUUUUUAGAAUUGUAAACUUCAUCUUAUUCACUAUACAGUAUGCGGUUUCGGACGCAAAACUGCAAAUGGAUUUUAUAUUCUGAAUGCUUGAAUCAACGCGAGCUCUCUGGAGAACGUGCAUUUUCACAUACAGCUGCUCUUGUUUGCGGACACCCGCCGCACGCAUACACAGAAGUCAUCAGUGCAUGUGAAAGGAGUGACCUCUCUCACGUCUUAAAGCUACAGUAUCCUAAUUCAUCUCUCAAUAAAAUUACUCUCUGUUCAUUCAUUAGUGAAGAACUGUUGUACUUCAUACGAAUGCGUGUAUAUUUAAUUCAUACAGUAAAGAAAAGACUGUCAAGUGUUUUAUUUUAAUUACUUUUAACAGACAUAAACCUUUUUAAAGGCACAUUUCUCUUUGGAAGAAGAAAUAUUUGUUGUGCUUAUUUAUUUGAUUCUCUAUUAAAACAAUAAUAUACCUAAUUUAUAGUUAGUUUCAUUUCUACAAAUAGUGCAAACUCUGCUAGAUUAUAGAUAAAAGAUUCCCAUUCCACUUCCAUUCUGUGAUCGGCACUGAUUUUGAGCCAUUGACUUUGUCAUGUCUCAACAGCGGGGAUGGUUAUGGUUAAGUUAAUAGAAGAGCAUUUCAUUGCCUAUGGAUUCUAUAUUUACUUAAAAAAUGUUUGUAGGGCAUGUACCAUUUGCAUAAAACAUAUCCAGCUACAUUACUUGGUUUGUCUGAUGCAAUUCCAAACAGCCAUGACUGUGACUGUGUAGAUAUUAUACAAACAUUAAGUGUUGAUGAAUACUUAGACAAUCUGCCAUUUAAAAAUUCCAAUUUGAUUGUUACAAUGAUGUUUAUCUUUUGACCAGGCAGCUACGGUUGCCAGCCGCAUGAACGGCAGAAAAACUCUUACUGCUCCAAUGUGUCAUCUAUGGUGACAAACUACUCACAGCUCACAGACAUAGCUGAUUUUCAAAUUCAAUGCUCCAGAAAGGAGAAAUGAGAAUGGAUUGAAAAUAAUAAUUUUAACACCGAUUCGUAACUCCAAAAGCCUUUUCCUUAUUUGGUCACACAGAUACACAGUGUCGGACGCUUAGGCGUUUUUCAAAUGUGUUCACAUUUGAAUGCAAAUGGGAGAGGGGGUUUUAGGAAUCAUGCAAACGAAAUUGUUUGCAGAUGCGUAAUUUCGUUUUCUGAAUUGCAGUGUGACCAUAACUUUUCAUCGAAAUACAAGGGUUUUAACUAUAGAUUCUUUCAUUUGGUGUAAAGUUUUUCCCCACAAAGAAAAGCUUUGCUUCCUUUAUGGCUAAUAUGACAACAUAACAUUGUUCCGGGAUUAGAGUCAUGAGUAGAUCUUUGUCUUUUAGUGAUGAGGGGGCCACCUCAUGAUGAAGAUAUGGGGUGGGGGGCAAAUGCUUAACUUUUGAUGUUUUGGUCGCCUAAUGGUUUCUAUAGUUUCUAUGGGAGUCAAAACUAGUUAUUUUCUAGCAAUAGUCAAAACAAGAUACUUCCUAACAAAUCUGUUUAAACAAAGUUGUUUUUUUGGCUAUGGAGCUCUUUUGUUUUCUUUUCUUUUGUUUUGUUUUUAUGUUUUCGCAGAAGUAUAUGACGGCGGCCUUCAAGAAAUUUGUUGGAAAAUUCAGGCCAAUGGUCAUUCUCAUUUAUUACACUGAAGGGAAGCAGCUGUGAAACCAGGUGAUUACGUUUUCAUCAAAGUCAUCAAACGAAAAACCUGGUCCAGCCCGAAGUUGGACGGUCCCUAUCAGGUCCUCAUUACUACACCUACAGCAGUGAAGAUUGCAGAAAGACCUUUGUGGAUACAUCUCAGCCACAUCAAGAGACUGAAAGCUCUGGAAAGCUCACCCCUGGAUGCGGACUAGUGGGGAAGACUAGGCUACAAAGGGGGGCAGCCUUUUUAGUAGGCUGUGUAUCGUUUAGAGAUACUCAGAUUAGCUGGCCAUCUCAAACCUAGUGAAGAAACCAACUGAUCCCUUUUCCGCCGUUUUAGGAGCCUACAGAGCAGAAGAAAAAUGGCUGACAGUUUGAAGAUGCUCAUGGUAAUCCUGGCAAUCGUGCUGGUGCGUGAGGUAGACCCUGGUGGGACGAAGAGAAACAACAAAAGAAUGAGGAGAAAUGGAGAGGAAUGGAGUAGUCAAGAAAGAGGAAUGGAUCAACAGAAUGGAAACUACCAGAACACCUACGAGAUCAACAUGUGGUAUCGUUAUGAGAAGUACGUCGCACGGAGUGGAAACCACACAAACUGCUACGUUUGUUCAAAGAUGCCCAAGUCAGGAACGAAUCCGCAUGUGGAACCAGAACCGAUAUUGAAUACCAACAAUUUGUUUCCUGAGUGUUUGACAUCUGCAUAUACACCAGUACUUCUGAAUGCCACUUUAAAGUAUCGCCUGCCACUUCCAGUGGAUUUAAACACACUGACUUUUAAGAACCUUAAGAACCUGCCAGAAGAUGUAAGUGUUAGAAUGUAUGGUCCUAUUCAUGUUUCACCAAGAACAAAGUUAAUCUGUUUUGAAAAUAAUCUAACAUUGGGUGUUGUCAAUGGCUACAUUGGAAGAGUUCCGGAGCAGAACUGUCACAUCAUGCACACCCCUUGUACAACGAACCACAAAGGAGAUUUCAACGAGUCUGAGGCUAGAAAAGGAAGCACAUGUACUGAAUAUUUCACUGCACCCGACACCAUGGGGACUAAUCCCCAAACCAACUUCGUCUGGCUAUGUGGACUGACCAUAUACCAUUAUCUACCGGUCGGGUGGACAGGAAGAUGUGCCCCGGUACGGCCUACAGACCAUUCAUUUGUCAUUACUGCUACAGAGGUACAUCGUGGUAAAAGAGACAUUUUCACAAAACAUGAUUCCAUAUGGGGAACGGAUGUCCCCAAUGACCACAAGCUAUGGACCAACGGACAGAAAGUGAGCCUCGCCUUGUUCCCUUGGCUGGGGACUGGAAAGCUCAUGCUAAGGAUGGAGACUUUUGAUUACAGGUUUGAACAGUUUGUUAAUUCUACUCAAGCUGCAUUGAAAGGCAUUCGUGAGGAACUGACAGCCCUACGUAUGAUGGAACUUCAAGACCGUAUUGUCAGGCUCAAAAACAGAAGAGAUCCCAAUGCAGUAAACAGAAAAUGUUUUAUUUAAACAAUAAUGACAGCAAACAGACAAUGGCACGUCUGGGCAUAAAGCCACACCAGGGCAGACGGCUGAGACGGGGAACACACACAAACACCGGAGAGGGAAACCACACACAUUCGGGCUCCGGCCAGACAGCGAACGGUGGGAGAGAAUUUAGGAACCCCGAUACGGGACAGGAUGCGUAGACCGCUCCCGUGAGCGCCGCGUCACGAGAGCCAAAGGGACAAGGGAAAAUCCUGCGGCGGUCAGAGGGAGAGAGAGAGCGUUAGUGAUGCUGACGAGAGAAGCUGGACAACUCCAGUGAUUAAGGACCUCUCCAGUGGACAGCGACAAUGCCGCGAUGAGUCUCCGCAGUAAAGUGAUAGACCAGUCUAUAAAUCCAACAGAGGUUGAAGACA